AUGUCUCUGCGUCAACGGAUUCCCUUCCAAGCUCCAGACGACGACGAUAAUAAUGGCCAACCACAAGUCUUAGAUGAGACCGAACAAGAGGAGCUCAUCGAAAACUUACGGAAAGAGAAUAGCCAGACGUCUGCUCGAACAAUUGUCAUGCUCCAUGGCGUCCUCGGCUUCUCUUCACUACUGCAACUCACCUAUCUCCUCAAGCCCUCCAAUUCGAGCCCACUUUUCGAAUUUUUCCCUCCCACAUCAACCACGUCUCUUGAAUCGAUUCCUGCACCAACAUCAUUCUCUCUCCUGGCGCUGUUGUUACACGCGAAUCUUUUAUUACAUCUCCAUCCCACUUUCCUGCACAAUGCGUUCCCGCCUAUCCCAUUGUCUUAUUCAACAAGCUAUGCCCUAGCUUGUGUUGCUCCAACUCUCGCGUUGUUUCUUGGUCGAGCAUGGCAAACGACCCUUUGGAGCUCUUUCCCUGCGUUGGUAAUUGGUUUGGUGCAUUCUGUCCAUAGCACUUUGAAGGAAGGAGACCAAGCUCUGGCAGAGCUAGAAGCCUUAAAGUAUAGAGCAGCCGGCCCAUAG